AUGACAAAUUGAACUGUCAAAAUUUUAUCUCUAAAAGUUUUGAUGAUUUUGGAAAUAACAUAAAUUAAAUCAUGAUGAAAAUGAUAAUUGAGUGAACGAUACAAGCAUUUCAAUAAUGCCACGUUUGUGUUUUAUAGCUGAUUAGUUUAAAACAUGUUUGCGUCUUUAAAAAAUAAAAUUCGCGAAGAAACAGGGAGUGAUUUAUCCAAGUUAACAGCAAAAAUCACUUCUUCCACAGUUCAAAAGAUUGAAUCUUUACGAGGUCGCUCAACUCAAGGUUCAACUUCCAGUUUAAAUUCUAUAGUAUCUUCAGAAGGUGUAAGGGAAGAUGGUCCUAUCGAUUCCGAUGAAUUCAAGAAAAGGUUGAGCAGAAUUGAAUACGAUUUUUUAAGAAAACUGGAUAUCAAAGAAUCAGAAUGGCGUGAAAUAGUUAAAGAAAAAGAUAAAAGGAUACAGUCAUUAGAAAAAGACCGAGACGAAACGCAACAACAGAUAGCUAGUCUAAGGGAGUCUCUUAAGAAUGCUGAAGAAUUCAAUUCUAAAAUACUUUUACACAAAGAAAACAACGAACAGUUAGAAAGUUUACAAAAUCAAGAAUUAAAUAAAGUUAAGAAUUUAGUUCUGUUGAGAGAUCAAGAAAUUAAAGAAAAAUCAAAUGCUCUCAAAGAGGCUAAUGUCCAGUUGGAAAAAUUACGUAAUGAGGUUGCUAGAUUAAGGAGGCAAGAAGAACUGCUGAGUGAUGUACAGGACGAUUUGGAGGCAUUAAGACAUAGUACAGCCAGAGAUUUGGCGCAUCUUGCUUCCAGUUUAUCCAAAAGCGAACAGGAGAAAAAACAUUUACAAGAUUUAGUUGUCAUAUUAAGGCAGAAUAAUAAUGACGGUACAACUGAUGAUAAAGUCAUUUCAGAAAGAAAAUUGUUGGAACAGAGACUAGAAGAGGCGCAUCUUCAUUUGACUGAUAUUAAAACAUCUUGGAGCGAUAAAAUAGCAGCUUUAGAAACGCAAGUGGGUAGACUGAGUAGACAGGCAGCCGAAGAAGGAUCUGAAAGGCGGAGAGCUGUACAAGAAAAAGAAAAACUUGAAGAAAAAUUAAAACAGCUCGAGGCCGAAUUGGAAUGUAACAAAUUUGAAUUGAUGAAUCGGGAUAUUAAAAUAAAGCGUCUUUCGGAAGAUGUAAAUGAAUUAUCAGCUGAACUCAAAACCAUACAUUCCGAUAACGAGGAAGAAAUUACUUUCCUCAGAACUGAACUUGAUAACGCAAAAACCGAUUUAAAAACAGCAAAGAAAAAUUUAGAUAAUGUAGGAAAUGAAUUGGGAAAAUCAGAAGAAGAGAUAAAUAAAUUGAAGAUCACCGUAGACAAGGAGCAUUUAAUUAAUAAUUCUCUGAAGGAAACCAUAACAAAAUUAGAGAAAGAAUUAUCGGAAGAAAGAGCCAAUUCAUUGAACGUACAAAAGACUUUAACCAGGGUGACUUCUGAAAAGAAUACGACUCUUGUACGUAACGCGGAGAUUUCCCAACAAAUGGAACUAGUCAAACAGGAAAUAAGACAACUAGAAAGAGAAAUGUCGGAACAUUUGAAUCGGUUAUCAAAUUUGGAAGAAGAAAAUACCAAAUUGAAGGAUAGCGUGCAAAUAGAACAAAGACUGAGAAAAAAUAUAGAGGAACUACAAGAACAGAUAGCAGAAAAAAAUAAGAAUAUAAAAACCUUGCAGCUACGUUUGGCCGAUAUGAAAAAGACUCUACAACAAGAAUUGAGAACUCCGGGAAACCCUAAUUACCAUUCCGAUUUAUUGGAUCUUAAUUCUGCUGCUAUUUUGACCCCGACUCAAAUGUCAAUUCGACAUUUUCCUUCGCUGGUUAAAAGAGACGACGAAGAUGUUAAUUUUAAAUAUUUGAAACACGUUAUUUUGAAAUUUUUAACUAGUAGAGAAUACGAAGCUCAACAUUUAAUUAAAGCAAUAUCGACACUAUUGAAAUUUACGACAGAAGAAGAAAAAUUGAUACAAGACACUUUGGAAUGGAAGAAAUCGUGGUUCGGUUCCAAACCGAAAUAUCCGACGUCGGGGGGUAAAUUGAAAAAUUUCCCUAAUAGUUGAUGGUUGUUUUUUACCGAAAAGUAUUUUUUACAACAGUAUUCUUAACUUAUUUUUUCAAAAUUGCCUAUAAUAUUUAAAGAAAAAAAUAAAUUAGUGGCUUCCAUAUGGUAAAGAAGGUCACAACUAAACUUAUAACUUUGUUUAAUUAAGUUAGAAUUUCUGGAACCGUUGGUGAUAUUCAUACUGAACACACUGUUUACACCAAAACUCACAAUUACUUUGUCAGACUCGCGUUUCAAUAACUUUUCGCUUUUUGUUUAACACAUCCUGUAUUUCGAUACUUCUAUGUUGGUAUUAUCGUCUGCGGUUCGACGUGACGAUAAGGAUUCUACUACAUAGUCCGUAAACGUCACUUCCGCCCCAGAACCGGCGUAGAGCGCCUACUCAAAUCAAUUAGAAAAAAGAGGGAUCAUCAGAAUUUUCGUCCGCUAAUAUAAUUUUCUUUAGGUUGGAGCAGUGGAUUCUCGCGCGUCAGGUGCACAUCAUCACCGCAGGUGAAACUACCACCGAUGGCACAAGGAUGAGAUCGUCUCCCAGUCUAAUUUGGUGACUGGUAAGCCAAUCCUCAACCUGAAAAGAGAUCAAAAACCAUAUAAUUGAAUGAAAAUAAACUCUUAGAUAGUGUUUCAUGGCAGCUUUAUACGUAAGUGGACAGUACUCGGUAGGCAAACAUGUCUGUCGAAAAUCUUAGUGCUGCACACGGAAAGUUGUUUAGAGUCGAACCAUGCGACGUACUCUAAUGAUGUUGGAGGUUGCGUACGACUCCAACUGCAGGAGACCAGAAAGAAACAUGUGCCCGUGUUUGGCCAACAAAUUAAGAGCGCAAUUUUUAAAAAUUCUGUCGCUUCUCGGGUCGGGAAUGUUCCCGCAGUCAUCCAUCUUGUUAUUUUCCCGACUCUUGGAGAACUAAGGGUUCGACGUUGGAGGCCCAUGCUCGGACAGUCGAUUGUUGUGAAGGCCCGUGGCGCCGGUUAAAGAAAAAAGAAAUAAUUCUCGUUGUUUGUUAACACGUCUUAGUAUCUCCUUCAAUGUCCACAUUUCCAUACCGUAAAGAAGCACCGAAUAAAUUUGAUGAAUCUUAAUCGUAGAUUAAGAUCCAAGACUGAGAUGGUUAACAUUUUUCGAAAGUUUCAGAAAUGCCUGUCCGUAUUUUAUUUCUUUGUCUAUGUCCAGUCUUCAAAAAGCUUUAUGCCCAAAUACUUAAAUUUACUUUUUCUAUAGUCCCCCCUUUAACUAUCAAAUAAUAUAAAAAUAUAAUAAAAGUAAUUAGCGGUGUGUAUUUAGAGUCUUUGAUUAGAGCUUUUUUAAUUAUUUAACUAAGUACAUACUUUCAGGGAAUCAUUAUAUACAUUCCGACUGUAUGUGAUAUACGGGGUACAUUCUUAAACUAAGUUUGUAUAUAUGUAUAUAACCUUGUUCUUUAUGUGUAUUUAUACAUUUUCCAAAAAAAAAUAUUAAUAUAUUUAUUUCCAAACAAA